UGCAUGCGCAUCAGUGGUACCUCUUCCUGUUGCGUUAAACUAGAGAAAAAAAAAAAACGCCGAAAAACUCGUCUAACUCAUCGCCGAAGAGAGGACUUGUACAGUGUUCCGAAGGUGAUUGGAAUAGGUAGGAGUUGAGAGAAGGAAACCUUCAAGCACUCCAAUUCUGUUACAAUAGCCGGUUAAUAGGUGCAAUACCAAAGCGAAAGAUGUCGCUGAUGCAUCUCCUUUGGCACUGUCUUCUGGUGACGACCUGGUUCAGGCCCACUAACCAACAGUCAAUCCUCGAAGGAAUGAUCAAGUUGGUCAUGGAAGGCGAAAAUCAGGCAACAACAGAACCUGAAGAUGCCCAGAAUCUUUAUAGCGAAUACGAUUUCAUCGUCGUUGGGGCAGGGACAGCCGGAUGUGUUGUGGCCAACAGAUUAUCUGAAAAUCCCGACUGGAGAGUUCUUCUGAUCGAAGCAGGUCGACCAGAAAAUUACGUGAUGGACAUGCCAAUCAUAGCCAACUACUUGCAAUUCACAGAUUCCAACUGGAAGUACAAAACCGAGCCAAGCGAUAAAUAUUGCAUGGGUUUGGACAACAAGCAGUGUAACUGGCCUAGGGGCAAAGUCAUAGGAGGCUCGAGCGUCCUCAACUACAUGAUUUAUACCAGAGGAAAUCGCAGAGACUACGACAACUGGGCCGCCCUUGGCAACGCAGGCUGGUCCUUCGAAGAUGUCCUUCCGUACUUCAAGAAGAUCGAGAACUUCACCAUCGACGAAUAUAAAAACUCAGAGUACCACAACGACAAGGGUUACUUGGCUGUCAGCUAUUCCCCUUACAGAAGCAAAGUAGCAGAUGCUAUAAUAGAUGCAUCGCAAGAAGCUGGAUUUCCUUAUGUUGACUAUAACGGACCAAAACAGAUCGGGGUAUCACAGCUCCAAGUCAGCAUGAGAGAUGGGGUGAGGGAAAGUGCAAGUAGAGCCUAUUUACAUCCAAUUAGGAACCGUCCAAACCUCCAUGUCAAAAAAUACUCGAUGGUCACCAAAUUGCUCAUCGACCCUAGCACCAAGAAAACUAAAGGCGUUGAAUUCGAGAGGUUUGGGAAAAGAUACCUUAUAGAAUCAAAAAAAGAAGUUAUAGUAUCUGCUGGAGCUAUAAACUCGCCACAGCUCCUCAUGCUCAGCGGAAUAGGCCCAAAGAAACAUUUAUCGGAGUUUGGGAUACCAGUGUUGAAGAACUCAAGGGUUGGUUUCAACUUAAUGGAUCACAUAGCUCUCGGCGGUCUCACCUUCAUAAUAGACAAGCCCUACACAUUAACCCUGGAUAGAAUGCUUACAGCCGAGAGUCUUGGUAUGUACUUCAACCACCACAAAGGACCAAUGACGGUGCCUGGAGGUUGUGAGGUGGUACUGUUCACAGAUUUCGAACGUCCUGGUGAUCUCGAUGGUUACCCAGACAUGGAGUUGCUCUUUCAAGGUGGUUCGCUAGUCUCAGAUCCGCUCUUGCGCAAGGAUUUCGGUAUAACCGAUCAGAUUUACGACGAAGUGUACAAGCCUAUAGAAAAAAUUGAUUCCUUCAUGGUGUUCCCCAUGUUGUUGAGGCCGAAGAGUGUUGGAAGGAUUAUGUUGAAAUCCAGGAGUCAUAAGACGAAGCCAAGGAUUUUCCCUAACUAUUUCGCCGACAGGAAAGAUAUGGACACGAUUAUUAAAGGUCUAAGGCUGACUUUGAACAUAACCAGUCAACCAGCUUUGAAAAAAAUAGGAUCUAAGCUCCACACGAUACCCAUGCCUGGCUGCAAACAGUAUACCUUUGGCACUGAUGAGUAUUUUGAAUGUAUGGCGAGGCAUUUAACAUUCACAAUUUACCAUCAGAGUGGCACUUGUAGGAUGGGACCACCAUCAGAUAAAAAAGCAGUUGUAGAUCCAAGAUUGAGGGUGUAUGGUAUUGAAGGGUUGAGGGUGAUUGAUGCCUCAAUCAUUCCUGAAAUACCAGCAGCACAUACCAACGCUCCAACCUUCAUGAUUGCAGAAAAAGGCGCGGAUAUGAUAAAGGAAGAUUGGGGUUGGAAACAGUGAACUGAUUUUGAAAGAAACAUCUGUGAUAAGACUUUGAACUAGGGUGGUUGACGAAAGUGAAUUAUAUUUAUUGAAGAAAUAGCUUUGUAUUGUUCACGAGCUUGCUUUCUAAUAUAAGACUGAUAUUUCCAGUUGUGUAAAAAGCUAGAAAUGUAUUUAAAACUUGAAAAUAUUUUGGUGCUCUCCAAAAAAAAUUUGCAUUUUGUGAUGAUGUUUCAUAGAUGAGAAAACGUUAUUGAUUAGAUGAUUUUUAAUGAAAAUCAGACAAUCGAAAUAACAUUGUUUUAGGCUGAAUUUUAAUUUAAUAUCAUUACGAUGAUAAGAAUGAUGAUAU